AACGGGGAACUCGGAAGCGACAUUUCCGGGGAGGCACCCCACACUCGGGGUCAUCGGCCAUGGCUACUUUAGCCUCCGCCCGCGAGCCCAGCGCAAGCGCAAGCGACUCUUGCAGACGUCGCGAGAGUAUAAAGACCUGCUGCAGACGCCUAGUUAUCUCCCUGCCUGGUCAUCAUCUUUUGUCGCAGUCGUCCGUCUUCCGCAAUGGCUUCUCCUCUCUUGCUCGGCGAUAUUGAGAAUCCCAAGGUUACGAACCGCAACAGGCUCUCAACCCGCGCGUACGCGAUCCCAGAGUCGUCGGUUAUCCUCAAUGGCACUUGGAACUUUUGCUACACGACCUCGCCUCUCCUCGCUCCUUUCCCUGACGCUCCCGCUGACGAGACCUGGAAACCAAUCUCGGUUCCUGGUAACUGGCAGCUCCAGGGCUAUGGACACCCGCACUACACCAACGUUGUUUAUCCGAUCCCGGUAGACCCGCCUCACGUGCCUUCAGUCAACCCAACCGGUGUCUACGAGCGUGAAUUCUCUCUGCCUAGCGACUGGGCAGAGGGCUCUGAGAUUCGACUCAGAUUCGACGGUGUAGACUCUGCAUACCACGUCUAUCUUAACGGCGAGCUCGUGGGGUUCAGCAAAGUCUCGCGCUCGUCGUCUGAGUUUGACAUUACUAAGAAAGUCAAGAGUACUGGAAACGUUCUGCGCGUUUACGUGUACCAGUGGUCUGAUGGCACCUAUAUCGAAGAUCAGGAUCAAUGGUGGUUGUCUGGUAUCUUCCGCGACGUCACUCUUAUUGCAUUUCCCCCUACCGGUCACAUUGAGGACUUUUACGUGGUGACUGACGUUGCUGAGGAUCUGUCGUCGGCCGUGGUCAAUGUCGAAAUCACCACCGCGCGUAUCAAUGCCGACACUGUGCUUGAUAUCAAAUUUGGCGAUCUGGCUCCUGUCCAGGUUCCAGUCUCUGCUGCCACGUCAGUUUACAACACCAAAUUCAUCGUCGAGAAGCCGAAACUUUGGACUGCUGAGACUCCCAAUCUUUAUCCUCUCAGCAUUUCCCUUGGUGGUACCCAUUCCGUCUCACAGAAAGUAGGCAUCCGCACAAUCAAGAUCAUCAACGGCUUGAUUUGCUGCAACGGUAAACCACUCGAGUUCCGGGGUGUUAACAGACAUGACCAUCACCCCAAAUAUGGUCGUGCCGUUCCUCUCGAGUUUAUCAAGCGCGAUCUUCUGCUUAUGAAGACUUACAACGCCAAUGCGCUGAGAACCUCACAUUACCCUAACGACCCGCGGGUGUACGAACUCUGCGAUGAGCUUGGACUGUGGGUUAUGGACGAGGCUGAUCUGGAGUGUCAUGGCUUUUACGACGCUGUCGCCCGUCCCGAGGAGAUCCCGGAGCUCAUGGACUACGACCAGCGCAAGAAGUUGGUUUUCCCCCGAGCUGCUGAAUUCACUUCCAACAACCCGGAGUGGGAAGACGCUUACCUUGAUCGACUUCAAUUGCUUGUUUUGCGUGAUCGUAACCAUCCCUCAGUCGUCAUCUGGUCUCUUGGCAACGAGUCGUUCUACGGUCAGAACCACGCAAAGAUGUACGCGCUUUCGCACAAGCUUGAUCCCACCAGACCCGUACACUACGAAGGUGAUAUGAAGGCCGUUACCGCAGAUAUGUACUCUGUCAUGUACACUCCUCCCAACAAACUGCGUGAGAUGGCCGCUGAAUUCGGCCCUAACUUCCAAAAGCCUUUGAUCAUGUGUGAGUAUGUUCAUGCUAUGGGCAACGGUCCUGGUGGCUGGAAGGAGUACAUGGAGGUCUUCCGCGAAUUGCCCGUUAUGCAGGGUGGUUUCGUGUGGGAAUGGGCAAACCACGGAUUCUGGGUGGAGAAAGAUGAAAAGCAAAAGUACUACACAUACGGUGGUGAUUUCGGCGAGUUCCCUAACGAUGGAACAUUCAUUAUGGAUGGUCUGUUGAGCUCAGAUCAUACUCCUACUCCCGGAAUGUUGGAGAUGAAGAAGGCUUAUGAGCCCAUUGCGGUUGAAAUCACAAGUGACUCGGUUUCUAUCAAGAGCUACUACGACUUUGUCACGCUCGACCACUUGGAGGCUGAGUACAUCGUCUCGAAGUUCCCUCUUUCUUCAACUACCAAACCAGAGAUUCUUCAGCAGGGUCCGUUUGAGAUUCCUGCCGUUGCUCCAGGUGCUACAGUGAAGACCAAGCUCCCGGCUAUCAAGCUGUCACCCGAGAAUAACGACAGUGAGAUCUGGAUGACGAUUGUCUUCUCGCUCAAGGAGGCAUGCAACUGGGCUCCCAAGGGCCACGAGGUUGCCUGGGCACAGGCCCCUCUUCAGAUCCCUGCGCCCACUCCUUCGCCUCCUUUGUCUCCCGCAUCUUCAGAGGGAUCGACAGAUGCCCUCAAGAUUGUGGUCAACACGCCCGCGAGUUUGACUUUGGAGUCUGAGGGAUUUGUGUUUGAAUUCGACAAGGUGCUCUCAAAGAUCUCGAACUGGGUCGUCGAUGGAAAGCAGCGUCUUACGAGCCAGAGCAACUUGCUCACCUUCUGGCGCACGCCUACUAGCAACGACAUGCCCGUCGAUUUCCCCAACUGGCAAAACUUCGGCCUCGACCACAUGUCUGUGCGCUCGAUCUCAACAGAAACCGUCCCGGGCACUGAAGGAGUAGUCAACAUCGUGACCCGAAGCGAGUACGCGACACCUGUGCUGGCUUGGAAAUUCUGCGUCGACACAACCUACAUUGUCUGUGCUGCGACGAAGUCCGUGCAAAUCAAGACGUCCCUGACACCCUCUGCUCGCGCGCAGAACAUGAUCCCGAAAGAGAUACCGCGGGUCGGCUAUGAAUUCUCUUUGGCUGAAUCUGUUUCUGACAACGGCAGCGCUCGCGCAAAGUGGUUCGGUCUCGGCCCUGGUGAGUCCUACAGCGACAAGAAGAUGGCGGUGAGGGUCGGCAUCCACGAGAACGAGGCCCGCGCGCUUGACUACUCGUACGAGGUUCCCCAGGAGAACGGAAACCACGAGGGCACUCGCUGGGUUUCGAUCACAUCUCCUGCCACUGGUGCCGGUAUCGAGGUCUCGAUGACCGAGCGCUCAGGUGAGGGACGCCAAUUCGGGUUCAAGGUCUCGAACAAGAUCGAGGGUCUCAAUGGCGCCCGUCAUCCUUGCGAUGUGACUGAGAGCAACGACUGGAUUCUCAGAGCCGACUACGCACAGCAUGGUGUAGGCACACAGGCUUGUGGUCCUGGUGUGUAUGAGCCUUACCGACUUAAGGUGGGCGAUGGUUAUGCCUUUGACGUGCUGCUCAAGGCUAUCUAAAAGAUUGCGAUACAGAAAUUUCGACUGAUCAGUAGUUGUGUGAAUGUGGGAGACAAAUGUUGGAAGGACAGUUAGUUGUAUAGUGAGUGAAUAAAUUGAAUGAUAUGGCUAUUCUUGUAUGGAACAUUGUAUUGCUCCAUGAGCUCAGAUUCACGCAAACACAGUAGCUGAGGUCUGUUCUUCUGAACAUCAGAUCGAGGGCGCGUAAAGGAGUAAGGGGCUC